AUGACCCAAAGGUCAAAAAUAUUGAUUCACGGAGCAAACAUUUAAUGAAACUGUUUCGUCUAAUAGAGUGUGUGUCGUUCACUGUUUUCCUUUCUAUGAGAGAAGAGAAUGUAUACAAAGAAAAUAAUGUCAUAUAGAUAUUUAACUAUCUUAAUUUUUAUAACAAUUUAUAAUGGUAAUUUUUCAACGGCAGAAAGACGCAGUACUAGAAAUUUGAUACAACACAUACGUAAAGUUCGAGAAAUCAAUGAAAAUCCUAUGGCUAGAAUACAAGACUUUUUAAGGCAAGCUCGAUCUGAAUCAGGAGCUGUUGAUUUGAGCGCUCUUCUGGCUGAAAAUGUCGAUGAUCCAGUUUCUCUGGAGCCAUUCAACAUAUCUAGUAGUGGAUUUAUCACUGAUAUAUUUGGACAGUUUACAGACCUGUCCUUGUACGGUUUAAAAGGAUUCCAACUCGACAGAAUAGCGAUUAACUUCUCAAAAAUGAACUUAUCUGCCGAGAUGUCCCUUCCCAUGUUGAGCAUCGUCGGACAAUAUUAUCUGAAGGGGACGGUGACAUUCUUUCCUUUGUCCGGAGAAGGACCUUUUUGGAUGAAUAUGUCAUCAAUAACGUUACGAGGACAUUCAGUCAUGAAAGCCUCUUCUAAUGGUCAACUUCAAGUGGAUGACAUUAAAAUGGACAGUGAAGUGGAUAAAAUCGCAUUGCAGUUUGAAAAUUUGAUGGGAGGUGGAACCUGGGGAAGCAUUUCUAAUAGCCUUUUGAACCAAUUAGGCGAGCUGAUAUUAGGUGAAUUAAAACCAACUCUCCUUGGCGAAUUAAGCUCGUAUAUUAAGUACCAGUUCGAUAAUGUGAUAUUUAAUAACUUACCUGAAGACUUUUUGGAUCCAAAAUCUGGGAAUAUCGUUGACAGCAUUCUAGAAAGAGCAUCUGCUUUGAUGUCUGAAAAUGGCCUCGAGCCUUUAUUACUCCCAGAAUAUAAAGAAUCAUUCGAGAGGUCUAUGUUAUUUGUAACAACUCGAGGAGAGCUUGAUUUUACAAACGGCACAUUGUAUGGGUUAUCUACUUUGAAAAAGAAAGGAGAUGUUAUAACUGUAUUUGCAAAUAACUCCCUCAUUUUCGAAGCUGAUUUUGAGUUUGAGAAUUUGACUGGAAGCUAUCUGUGGGAUGCUAAAAUCUUGGGUGCUGAAACUAGCGGCCGUAUGGAAAUUCAACUCAAAUCUGUUGAGGGUUUCAUAAAGUUAAAACAAAACAUGGAAUCUGAUAGUCGCCUGGAAUUGGAUAACUUUUAUGUGAAAGGCAUUCGUCAUGUAUGGUUAGACCUCCAAGGAUUGGGUAGAUGGGAUUAUGUGAUGGAGUCUGUUAUUAAUCUGGUUACCAAUGGACUGAAAUUGCAACUAGCGGAUGCAAUUACAGAACCAGUCAAAAAUUCCAUCCAAGAACAACUUGAUCAGCUUAACAUAAAUUCUCUGUUAGAUAUGAACAAUUCCAUAUGAGCACGCAGCUUUGUUUCGAUUCCACACGGACUUUUAAAAGCUUUAAAGUACGUUUUACAAUGACUUAUGUAUAAUAUACUCAACUGAAUGUAUAAUAAGAAGCAUUUAUUCUCAUAAUAUAGAACUUUCAUAUGACAGGGCGAGCUGUUGAUGGUGAACUAUUAUUUAAGUAUUUUCUCAUAUUUUAAACUUCAUUUUUCAUAAAAUGUAGCAUUCAACUAUAAUUCAUUGCACUAAUGUAUGGAAAUGUGCGUUUGUGAAAUUAAAUUUUAUAACAUUAAUUUUUA